AUGACUAUUCUUAGUAUUCUCACAUUUGGGGUGACAGUUCUAUCCUUUUUUGAUCCCAUCAGCGCCCACAAGACCGUGAUUAGCAGGCCCAACCUCCAUUGGGGACCCAAGACGCCCGGACAUCAAUUUCCUCACUCUCCGAAACGCCACAAGACCUGUUAUGUCCCUAGCUGCCAUGGUUUUGGCCGUCACGGCAAGACUGACGAUGCCCCUGAGAUUCUCAAAGCUUUCAAGAAGUGUAAUAAGGGUGGCGUCGUGAUCUUGAAUGAGGACUAUACUAUUGCCUCUCCACUUGAUCUCACGUUCCUAGAGGCUGUAGAUGUGGCUAUUACCGGCAUUAUCAAAUUCACCAAUGACAUUGACUAUUGGGUGAAGAACUCGUUCAAGUAUGACUUCCAAAAUUCGUCCGCUUUUUGGCGCUUCGGAGGGAAAGAUGUCAACAUCUAUGGCGGGGGACAGGGCUUGAUCGAUGGGAAUGGCCAAGCUUGGUACGAUGCGUUUGCGGCCGAGCCUACACUCUUACGGCCAAUUUUGUUCGUCCUAGACGGACUUGAACGCGGGUCCGUCACGGGUCUCAAAAUGCGGAAUUCUCCUGAUUGGUUUAACCUCAUCGCUAAUAGUAGUGAUAUCCUGGUUAGCAAUAUUGACAUUGCUGUGAAGAGUGAGAGCAAAAACCCUGCCAAGAACGGCGAUGGAUGGGACACGUUUAGAAGCGACUCAGUUGUCAUCCAAGAUUCGCAUGUCAAUAAUAGCGACGACUGCGUGUCCUUCAAGCCCAAUAGCACAAACAUAAUUGUGCAAGGCAUGCAAUGCAACGGCUCACAUGGAAUAUCGGUCGGCUCACUGGGCCAAUAUCCGGCAGAGUAUGAUAUAGUUGAGAACAUUUACGUCUACAACAUCUCGAUGUCGAAUGCGAGCGAUGGUGCCCGGAUUAAAGUGUGGCCUGGUACUGACACCCCAUUCGAACCCGGCCUAUCAGGAGGCGGGGGAGCUGGUUACGUCAAGAACGUUACUUACGAUACGAUUUACAAUAACAACAACGACUGGGCGAUUGAGAUCAACCAAUGUUAUGGACAAAGCAACCAAACUAUCUGCGACAAGUAUCCCUCCAACAUGACCAUAAGCGAUGUCGUUUUUAAGAACAUGUGGGGGACGACGUCAACCAAAUAUGACCCCAAGGUUGGGACUCUAACAUGCUCCUCAACUGAGCUUGCACUGACCAAUGACGGAAUGCUGUGCGACUCGAGUUCGCGGCCAUCUGCGGGCUGGCUAUCAUACACCAUGUCGCAAAACUUCGAGACCAUCGCCGAGAGUAAGGCGAAGGCAAUUUUGGAUGGUAUCCCAGAACAUUGGCGGUUGAAUAUUGCCAUCCCAGCUGCCGAGAAACAACGUGAUAUCACUGGCAAAUAUAUCCAGCAAUUCUUAACCGCAAGUGAGGUUGAAAUCACCGAAACCGAUGCCGUCGGGAUCUUGGAACAUACGACAACUGGAAAAUGGUCGGCUCGAGACGUUACAGAAGCCUUUUGCCACCGAGCGACAAUCGCCCAUCAACUGACAAAUUGCUUGCUUGAUAUCUUCAUCGAUGUUGCCUUGGAACAUGCCGACACGCUUGACGCAUACUACCAUGAACAUAAGGAACCCAUCGGCCCGCUGCAUGGAUUACCAAUAAGCCUGAAAGACCAGUUUCACGUCAGAGGCGCUGAAACCACGAUGGGAUACGUUGGAUGGAUAGGCACCUUUGAAGGCCAAAAAGGUACUGGUAAAGAGCGACACUUUGAAAGCCAGUUGGUUACGGAUUUGCGGCAACUCGGAGCCGUUUUCUACUGCAAGACCAGUGUGCCGCCAUCGUUGAUGUCACCGGAGACGCAAAACCACAUUGUCGGAUACUUAUUCAACCCUAAAAACCGUCAUCUAAGUGCUGGUGGCAGCAGUGGUGGUGAAGGCGCACUACUGAGUCUUCGGGGUAGUCCCGUGGGCAUGGGAACCGACAUUGGGGGGUCAAUUCGUAUUCCCGCCAGUUUCAACGGUGUUUACGGCCUGCGGUCAUCCACUAGUCGAUUGCCUUAUGAAAGAACUCCAAACAGCAUGGAUGGUCAAGAGAGCAUUCUCUCUGUCGUGGGACCCAUGGCUACAACCCUUCGGUCUUUGACCUUUGUAAUGAAGGCUCUGCUGAGCAUGCAGCCUUGGUUACAUGACCCAAUGGUCAUUGAACUCCCAUGGAGAGAUGAACACGCUAGUCGGCUACAAGCUAUGAUUGAGAAGCUCAAAAGCUCUGAAAAGUUGUCAUUCGGUAUAUUGAGAAGAGACGACGUUGUCAUACCUAGUCCACCAGUCCGAAGGGCUAUUGAGAUUGUGGUGAAAGCUUUGGAAAAUGCUGGUCACGAGAAUCGUCUCAAGGUUAUCGAAUGGAAGCCACCACCUCAUUCUAGAGGGUUGGACAUUGCGGUGGAAGCCUGGAUGUAUGACGGAGGAGAAGACAUUCAUAACUCGUUUGGCCUCUCGGGUGAACCAGUCAUUUCACACAUCUCGAGACGAUAUGGCAACAAGCCGGUGGAGCAGAAAAUGGCUAGUGAUAUUGCGGCAAACAAUAUUGCCAGGCGCAAAUACCGAAAAGAGUACCUCGACUACUGGAACAGUACUGCUGACCUCACACGCUCGGGACAGCCUGUGGAGGCUUUCAUUUCACCGGUGUCUCCCUAUGGAGGAACUAGGCCUAACCAAUAUCGUUAUGUCACAUAUUCGACGAUUUUUAACGUCCUGGACUAUUCUUCGGUGGCUUUUCCAGUCACUUACGUUGACAAGGAUGUCGAUGUUGUCGACACUGACUACACUCGCGCUAAUCCUGCUGAUCAGCAGGUGUUCGAAUCAUACGAUCCGGAAAUACACGACGGAAGCCCUAUAGGACUCCAGGUUGUUGGCAGAAGGCUUCAGGAGGAAAAGACAUUGGCACUAGCAAAGGUGAUCGCAGAUCUGUUAGCUUAG